AUGACAGCAGAUGUGGACUUUACAUCAGCCCUGUUUCAAAGAAACUGGAGCAUUAAUUUCCUUCACGGCUCUCUAUCCUUGGCAGUCCAAUAUAAGGAAGUGUCAGGAUUCCAGAGAUUUGUUCAAACGAGGAAGCCUCUUUUGCAUAAAGGAGAUGGCUUCUUGAAAGAAAUCUGGCAACAGUUAUUUGAUUGCGUGAUUCAAAAAUCUUCCUCUGAGACAGAGGACCAGAAUAUCUGCACUGGAGAGGAGAAGCUGGAGGCUCUUCCAAUGACUGUUUUUGAAGCAAGGAUGACUGCCCACAGUUACUGUGUCUACAAUGCUGUCUAUGGUGUUGCACAUGCUUUGCAUGCCCUGUUUUCAUCCAUAGAUCAGCAAAGACCAGGAGUGACCUGGAAACUUCUUAAGCAACAGUCAUGGAAGCUUCACUAUUUUCUGAGAGGUGUUUCAUUUAAUAACAGUGCCGGAAAUAAGAUUUCCUUUGAUGAUAAUGGUGAAUUCAGAGGUGGAUUUGAAAUCAUAAACUGGGUCACAUUCCCAAACCAGUCCUUUCUUAGAGUUAAAGUGGGAACCAUUGAUCCAGACCCACUCUCAUAUCACCUGCUGACCAUUAGAGAGGGUGACCUUAUCUGGCCCACCUGGUUCAAUCAGGCAUCCCCUCUCUCUUUGUGUAAUAAUAAUUGCUCUUCGGGUUACCGAAAGACCUCGAGAGAAGGAAAACCAUUUUGCUGCUAUGAUUGCAUCCUAUGUCCGCAGGGAGAGAUCACAAAUCAGACAGAUAUGGACCACUGCUUUCAGUGCCCAGAAGAUCAAUAUCCAAACAAUAAACAUAAUUUCUGCCAUCUCAAAUAUUUAACUUAUCUCUCUUAUGAAGAAACAUUAGGAAGCAGCUUGAUGAUAGUGGCCAUUAUUCUUUCUUUUACCACAAUUUCUAUACUGGGAGUAUUCCUGAAGUACCACAACACUCCUAUCAUUAAGGCCAACAACCGCAGCCUCUCCUAUACCCUCCUCCUCUCUCUCCUCCUCUCCUUCCUUUGUCCUCUGCUUUUCAUUGGUAGACCCAUGAAGGUGACCUGCCUCCUUCGACAGACUGCUUUUGGUAUCAUCUUCUCAGUGGCUAUUUCCUGCAUACUCGCCAAAACCAUCACUGUGGUUCUUGCUUUCAUGGCCACCAAGCCAGGAUCAAAGAUGAGGACAUGGGUUGGAAAAAGACUGGCCCUUUCCAUUGUUCUCUCCUGCUCCUUUAUGCAAACUCUUCUUUGUACUGUGUGGCUGGCAACUUCACCCCCUUUCCCAGACUUUGAUAUGCACUCCUUCAUUUCUGAAAUUGUUGUGGAAUGCAAUGAAGGGUCAGUUGUCAUGUUUUAUAGUGUCUUGUCUUUUAUGGGCUUCCUGGCUAUAGUCAGUUUUAUUGCAGCUUUCUUAUCUAGGAAGCUACCAGAUGCUUUCCAGGAAACCAAAUCCAUCUCAUUCAGCAUGCUUGUUUUUUGCAGUGUGUGGUUGUCCUUCGUCCCUGCCUAUGUGAGCACCAAAGGCAAAUACACAGUGGCUGUGGAGAUCUUUUCCCUCUUGACCUCUAGUGCUGGGCUUCUGGCUUGUAUCUUUUUCCCCAAAUGUUACAUCAUCAUUUUGAGGCCUAAUCUGAAUAAAAAGAAGCAUCUAAUAAAGAGAAUUAUUUAA